AUGUCACGGGCUAUUAUUUCGGACGUUGAUUCGAUUGCUAGUGAUUCUGAGGAUGGUGAAAGAACAGACAGAAGUAGUGAUGAUAGCAUUAUUAUAACUCAUCAAAGAAAAAGACUGAGGAUUGAAAGUGAGUCUACUAUCUCAUCUUCAUCUUCAGAAACAGAAGAAACACCAACUUUUACGAAUAUUCCUCCGACAAAUGUGUUUUCCAAAGCAACAAAUAAUUUUUUCGAGACUCCUGGACCUAGAUGUGCGCCUCCCCCCGAUGCUACACCCAUAACAUAUUUCAAUUUAUUUUUUACCACAUCACUGCUUGAAACCAUCGUAAGGGAAACAAAUCGAUAUGCUACCCAGUUUUUUGACUCGCACACUGUUUCGAAUAAUUCUUGAGCAAAAAAGUGGACGCCGACAACAAUAUACGAAAUAAAAGCCUUUAUUGCAGUCUUACUCGAAAUGGGGAUUACGAGAAGGCCAACAAUUGAUAGUUAUUGGAUAAAAGGUUCCCGACAUAUACCAUGGUUUAGGACAAUGUUUUCAAGGGACAGGUUUCAACUGAUUUUGAAGUUUUCUCACUUGAUUGACAAUACGUUAUUAUUUGAACCAGGCCAUCCGAAUUAUGACCCAUGUGGCAGGUUUGAUAUGCUUGUCAAACAUGCAAAUACUGUAUUUCAGCGGCAUUAUAUACCAAAUCAACAAUUAUCUAUCGACGAGUCGUUAGUUGGUACUCACUGUCAUUCUGCCAUAAAACAAUACAUCCCAAACAAAAAACACCAUAAAUGGGGGAUCAAAUUUUGGAUGUUGUGCGACUCGAUUUCUAAAUAUUGCUUGGAUUUUUUUUGCUACAAAGGAGCUAAAAAUACAGAUGACAGAGAUUUAGUACGAAAAUAUGGUCUUGGAUUUACGGUUGCGCAAAAAUUGCUUUCAAUUGGAAAUUAUCUGCACAAAGGCUAUCAUCUGUUUACAGAUAAUUUUUACACAAGCUUACGCUUGGCCAAAGCCCUUUUGAAACAAAAUACAUAUCUAACUGGAACAAUUAGACGUAACAGAAAAGAGAUUCCUCCAGAAGCUAAGAAAGCAAUCGUAGGAGAAGCGAAAUACAUGGCAUAUGAAAAUGUAUUGAUGUGCUCUUUCAGGGACAAAGGAAUGAAAUAUUCUAAAAAAUAUAAUUUUUCGAUUUCUAGAUUCAUCACAAUCCCUGAGGGAUCAGCUGUAAUGUCUCGAUGUUACGACGGAGAGUUGAAAGAUUAUUAUAUAGGUAACAACUGUGAGCCUUCGAGCGGCGAGGGUGUAGUGAAUUUACCCCUGAUAAACCUUGAACGGUCAAUAGAUUUGACUUCUAGUAUAGUCUUAGAGUUCAUCAACGCAUUUUUCCCGCUUGCGCAGUCAUGCAUGCUUCGUGAUAACCACCCUGCAUGUCUAACAAGGGAACUUUGGUAA